AUACACUUGUAUAGAGAAAUGCAAACCACGGAAUUUCAUUAUUUAUUGGUGGCAUGCCUUACAAAUGGGAUGCGGAUCAAGGCCUUAACCCAAAACUAUGGUCAUGAGUCUACCAAACCCCUGAAAAUUGGCCAAGAAUCCCGAAGCACUGAACGAACUGCAGCACAAAUACGCACGAUUGGGACUUGGGUGUCCGGAUAUAGUUUAACCACUAUAAAUCCUGCUCAUAAUGCGAAGUAUCCACUGCAAAACAUACUUAAACUGGUAAUAACACAUGAAUCAGUGACACAACUUGUUCUAGCGGAUCUGACGCGGAUCUGGAUGUGGAAAUAUCAAAGCACUACUUCUCUCUUCUCCAUCAGUAUAACUUCUGGUAUAAAUGCUGAGCUCUGUUUAAUGGGUAGCAUUAAGGAACACUGCUCAAAUGAGCUGCAAGAUCGUGAAGCAGGAGGAGUCAUCUUGGAUAGCACUAUUUGAGUGUCUCGCUGAGCUAACUUCUUUAAGCAUUAAAAAUAUCGCGGUUCGAAAAAAAAGUUCUCUUUAUCAUGCUAUGAAUUUAUCUGCUUUUAUCAUUCCAGUAAAACAGCAAAACUUUUAUGGCAUCAGAAGUUCCAUAACGAAACAUUCUGGCGCCAGAAUAAAUUCCAAUAACAUGACGCUUUCAAAGCUGAUCGAUCUGGUUUUUAGUUUUUCGAUUACGAAUAACCUAGUACUGCAGACAACCGUAUUUUGGGCCCCGGAGAAGUCGAUCAGCCUCAACCAAUAUGGGAAUGCUUUGUUGAGGAGGCUGACUGUUCUGGCAGUUGUACCGGAGAUACCCUCUUCGCCAACGCUGGUGUUAAAGUCGUCUAGCACGAUUUUCACGUCGUGCCGGAGGCAGCGCUCGUAAGUAUGCUCUAGGCGCUCAUAAAAGGCAUAUUUGG